GUUUCUCCUUUUUUGUUAAGUGGGUACUUAUCCCUUGUUCACCUAUCCCCUAUAUAAAGCAACGAGGAGCCAUCAUUGUAACACCUGAUCAUUGAUUAAUAAAGCUGGUCUCCUCCAUCUCCCUGUGUCACUUUUACUUUCGACUACUUCGACUACUUCGUCUACGACGCUCGCUCUCGCUCCGCAACCUCGGACCGGACUCGCCGGCGGAGUUGCGGAACACGUUAUCAGCACGCUUCGCUCCAUCAACUCUCCGUCAAGCCUGCGUCAAGCCUGCAUCACGCAGGCUUUCGUCGAUCCCGCGGAGAUGGCCGGAAUUGCCCACAAGGAGUUUCCUGAGUUGGCCCAGACAGGGCUGAACUACCUGUCAUGGUCCUCGGACUGCGAGAUCUUUCUCCAGGGCAAAACCCUCCUGAGGGCGAUCGGUAAGGGGGCCCAGCUGGCCGUCACUGAUCCCAAGUUCGAGACUGAGAAUGCGCAGGCUCUGCACUUUCUCCGUCAUCACCUGUCACCUACUCUGAAAGAUGAGUAUAUGGCUGAGCGCAGUGCUUCUGGCCUUUGGACCGCUCUUAAGCAGCGGUUCGAGCGGCUGAAGUACACUGUGAAGCCACGUGCAGAGGCAGAGUGGAUCCGUCUGAGGUUUGCGGACUUCAAGACGGUUGGGGAGUACAAUUCGGCUCUGCACCGGAUUUGUACGACUCUUCGGUUGUGUGGUACUGAGAUUACCGACUCCCAGAAGAUUGAGAAAACCCUAUCCACUUUCCACCCCGACGCGGUCCAGUCCUCACGGAACUACCGCCAGGGGAACUACACGAGGUAUUCAGAGUUGAUUGACGUCCUCCAGGUGGCGGAGGCGCAAGACGAGGUUCUCAAAAAGAACUUUGUCGCGCAACCACUUGGGGGGAGAUCUCGCCAGGGGGUGCACGCUCUCAAAGUCCGCAAGCCUCAACAGAAGAAGAGGGGCCGGAAGGGCAAGAAGAAGGGCCCUCACCCCCCGCCCCGGCUAAGCAGAACAAGCCGGGCAAGGGAGGACAACGGCCUCAGGACUGCUUCCGUUGUGGCUCGGUGGAGCAUUUCUCCCGCCAAUGCGACCCCCGUGGUGCCCAUCGCGGCAGCUUUGGCGGUCUCUACCGAGGCCCACGUCGCCAUGGAGGUUGACCAUGUGGCCGCCUCGGCAGCGCCGCCACUAGACAUUGAUGCUGCCUCCAAGAUAAUUUCUGAGGAGGAUCAGCUCACUAGUAUGGAGAUUGCGGCGGAAGUGAAUGGCUUCUUCACCGAGUCCACUUAG